AUGACGCGCUCUAAAACCCUCGCAGCCGCUGAGAAGAAGGCCCUCGAGGGCAAGAACGAAUCGCAAGACAGCCAGUAUGUCCUGGACCAAUACAGGGUCGUGUAUGGGAUCGGCGUGCUACCCCAGCAGGACUUUAUUCGCGAGGGCCUAUCGGUCGCGUCACCUCCCGCUGCCGCCGCUACGGAUGCCGGAGGCCAAGAUCGCGGCCCAGAUCCCCAAACAACAUCCUUUGCCUCAGCUCCGCCAGGGCCGCCCGACGCGACGAAUUUUGUCAAGCCGCCGUUGGCCCCGAUCCGCGACGACAAUGCGAUAGAUCCUCAAGCCGAACCCACCCCCGCACCAUGCGCCCUCGACGAAACAUCUCGGCAGCCGAAGAAAGUCAAUGUCUCGCCUCGAUCAUCGCGCUCCGUGUCUCGCAAAAAAGCCAAGAUGGACGUGUCACAGCAGUCGCCGACUCAAGAUAACGACGAACGAGAUUACCAGAACUACUACGAUGGCCCGUCCUUCGUCGAGACGAGCCCCAUCUCACAAGACGCCGUGACCCAGAGUUGUCCUCCCCACGACGAAGACUCGGGCCCUGUGAACUUUGGCAACCUCAGCCACCUGAUACAGGAGGAGACACAGCCGGAGGAAGAACCUUCAUCGAUACCCGACGAGGUCAAUCUGGCUACGGGCCGAGGAGCCUGGCGCAGGUCCAGCUCCCAACAACACUCCUCCGUCCAACGAACCGAUAACGACUCUCCUCUGCCCAACACAGCACAGCCGCCACAGACACCGGCCAAUAACCCCUUCGCGGGCAUUAAGAAGCUCGGCGACCCUGCUUUGGUAGGAUCGCAAUUGUUUGGCCAAACCCAGUUUUCGUCAGCCGUCAAGCGAUUUAGCCCUACCUCUUCGAGACCGUCUCCGCACGUGUACGCUCAUAACUCCAUCUCGCCAAACGUCGCUGAGACGUCACCGCUUAAGAAUCGGUAUAACAUAGCGUCUUCUAUUCCUCCGUCGAGCCCGCAGAUUACUAGGACUGAGUCGCCGGGUCGUCAGGAACGCAGUCCAAGUGUUGGUCAACCCGAUGAUGGCACGGUACCCGAAUCACCACAGUACGCACCCGCCAACACUCGAGUGCGACCGGAACCCCUAACAAAAUACGAGAGCGUGAAGGAGCCGCAAAGAAGAAGGCUCAGCACCGAAGCCAAGGACGUGAUGUCUGGGGAAGAUACGGAUGAUUUUGGAGAUGAUUUGGACGAUGCCUUGAGACGCAGAAGACUCGUUGCACAGAAGCAAGAGGCAGCGUCGAAACAGCUUGCCAACAUCAGUGUUGGACGUCGCAGUGAGCGCCGUUCCGUCGAGGUGCCUUCAACGACUAAGAGACCAAGAACCACUCGGACAGGACGUUAUCGUGCACGUCGUGUUGCGACUACAUCAGACGACGAAGUUGACGAGUUUACUGUUGCUGAUUCUCAGGGACAAGAGGCCCAGCGGCCGCGUUCGCGGGCAUCGCCUGAUCUUGGGAACGGCAAAGCGGCAAUCGUGUCGAGUAACGAAAAAGUCCCUGACAGUACAGGCGCUACCCAGAAGUCAAACACUGCUGGCGCAGCCCCGGAGACGGAGAGUUCGGGCAACAGCUCGCGCCCCAAGGACGUUAUUCCCGAGACGAGCCCUACCAACACGCAGUCGCAUCCUGGGCCUGUGGUUGUAGCAUCAUCUGACCAGCCCUUGGCGAAACGCCAUGCUGAGCCUGUCGAGGAACCGGAAGUCCCUGCGGAAACCGACAGUCAAGACAGAGGAGCGCCCGAAGAGGUCGAGAGAAACGCGGAAGAGGUUGUGGCAGACGUUGAGCCAGCCAAAGAGCCCGACACCGAGCUAUCAGAGCCUGCGCCUGUGCAACCUUCGCGCAGGUCUGGCCGCAAACCCCGACCAACACCAAAGGCUCAAUCAUUGAAGAGCACAGCACGUGCAGGUGCAUCUGUGGAGUCUACUAACACUGAGGGUCGCGAGGGUCGCAACUCGGGAGAAGGCACUGCUCAGCAUGCAAUAGUUCCUGCCGAGGAGCUGAUUAUGGAGCAAGACGCAGUCACUAAGGAGGAGGCACCUGCCCCAGCAGAUGCCCUCGCUGUUGAGGACCAACCCGCCCUUCCGUCUUCCCCUCCCAUUCCCAAGACUCGGUCCAAGAACAAGACGUCUCUAGCCAUUAUUAGCCAGAACAAACCAACAGAGAAAACUCCCGCAACGCCAGAUACCCAUCAAUCACCGACUGCUGCUGAGCCUCCCGGGUCAACCUCGACGUUGAGCGAUCUCACAGCCACACCCGCACCAUCGGACAAGACGUCUCCGGCUACCCAAGAAUCCGUCGAGCUUCCGCCGCUUUCCCCCGAAAAGCCGACACGUGGACGCCAGCCCGCAAAGUCCUUGUCGAGAGUCGCCACUGGAUCACGCGUGGCCAAGCCCAGCACUCGAAGGCAGAGCCGCAGGAGCACGCGUCUUGAUAGUGCCUCGACCGACGAGCUGACCCGGUCACCUUCUGUUACGGGCUUCGAGAAUAGUAUCAUCCAACCCCUGAAGCAAAGCGCACGCGGCAGCCGUCUCUCCAUGUUGUCUUAUACCUCCAAAGAUGGCAGCGGUGCCAAGAUCUUCGCUGGCAUGGCCUUUGCUGUAUCAUUUCAGUCGAAAAAGGAUGGAGAGAAGCCUGAUCAGUACGAGCACCGCCUGGGACAGAGUCGUGAUAUUGAAAAGAUGAUUGCACAAGCCGGUGGACAUCUGCUUACCAACGGCUUCGACGAGCUGUUCGAGGCAAACGCGUUGAAGAGCAGGUCAACCAGUCCGGCGUCAGACGGAACAGAAGUAACCCCUCUGACCUUGACACCCUGGGCACAGUCGCUCGGCUUCACAGCCUUGAUUGCAGAUGGCCACUCUCGAAAGGUUAAGUACAUGCAAGCUCUUGCCCUGGGACUACCUUGCAUUUCGGAUCGAUGGGUAGCCACCUGCGUGGCGAAGGGAACAGUGGUAGAUUGGCUGCCAUACCUUCUUUGUGCAGGACAGUCAACCUUCCUUCGAGAUGCCAUCCGCUCUCGCUCCCUGGCACCCUACUCGGCCACCGAGGCACGACUUGGCGAUGUCGUCGAACGCAGGCCAAAGAUGUUGGAGGGAAGCAAGAUCCUCCUGGUGAUGAAGAAGUCUAGGGCGGAGGAUAAGAAGAUGCCGUACGUGUUCCUAGCACAUGUCUUGGGUGCUACGCUGUCGCGAGUCUACAAUCUCGACGAAGCAAAGGAGACGCUCAAGCAACGAGAAGGGCUGGACGACCCUUUCGACUGGGUCUACGUCGACGAGCAUACCGGAACCGAAGAGGGGCUUUUCAGCUCCGCUGCCCCCAACACAAAGCCCUCAAAGAAGAGAAAGAGGCCAGCUGCCCCCGUCAAGGACGAGGCAGACCGAGCCCCGAAGCGAAUCAGAACUUUGAGCGACGAGCUGGUCAUCCAGAGCCUCAUCCUCGGAAGGAUGAUUGAGGAAGGCGAGCUCGAUGCGUGA